AUUGGCCCCAUGACAGCAGAGGAGUCCAUGCAGGUGCAGAAAGCUUUAGACGAUUGGAAACAGUUGGCAGCCUAUGCAGAGAGCCUCCAGCAGAAUUUGCAGGAAGCACAGAAAAGGACUCAGGAAGCUGGGAAAGCUGCGCAGAGUGCGGCACCUGAGAGCCCACGUGGAAGAGCCGAGAGUACUGUGGAUUUGGAAAAGACCCUGGAAGCUGUGGAAGAAGAGGAUGAGGAAGUGAAUGAGUGGGUAGGGAGACAGCAGCACUUCCGGCAGUAUAUGCGUCAACGUGCGGCACUUUUGAACCUCGAUAAUAGUUCAUCAAUGCAGUAUCCCAUCCGGGUGCACGCCCAGUUACUAUAGGAUUGGUUUCAUGGACAGGUGAAAAUGCAAACUGAUUUGGAGGCUUUGCAAAGGGACUACAGGGCUGUGGUGGCAGCUUUACGACAGAUGGGGGUAGAUGUGGCGGUGCAGGAGUGGAAGAAGGAAAACGAUAAAGGGGCAGUUGAGCAGCUUACCGAAGACCAGCAGUUCACAGAAUGGGUUGAAAGACUCGGUGGUAGUUUACCAGCGAAGGUGAUUGAGGGGAAUGUUCAUGUGAUGGAGGUGGAUCCCAAGAAAGCCGAGGAUUUUUUACAGGGACAGGUGGAUCUGGAAAAUUCCAUAAUGGUAUUGAAAAGAGAAUACGAAGCCACGACGGCAUAUUUACGAAUGAGGGGGGUAGAUGUGACGGCGCAGGAGGUGAAGAAUGAAGACGUGGAGGAGGACGGAGAGAAGAGCAAAAAGAAGAGGAGGUCUAAAAGGAAGCCGAAAAAUCAGAAGAAGAAGACGACCGGCAAGGAUGCGCAGGAGCAUCUAGACGAUGAGCAGACUAGAAAUCUUGAGGAUGGACAAGAUGACAAGAAGGAUGAACAGGACGAUGACAACAAAAAGGAUGAGCAAGGCGACACCGAUGAGAAGGGUGAAGACGGACAGGCGAACGUGGAUGAAAAGGAUAAGGAUGAGAUAGAUUCAGAGGAAAACAGCGACGAGUAUAACACGGCCGCCGAAGAACAAUCGCCGCCGUCAAAGAGGAGCAAGAACAAUAACGCCAAGAGAAAGAGGAGGAAGGAAAGGAAGCAAAAGGCAGAGCAGGCGGCGAAGGAGAAGGCAGAGCAGGAAGCGUGGGAGAAAAAGAAGCAAGAGGCGAAGGAGAGAAAGGCGCAACAAGUGAGGGAAAAGGAGGAGAGAGAGGCGAGAGAGAGGAAGGAGCAAAAGAAGAGGGAAGAGGAGGCUCAGAAAGCGGCGAGGGAAAAGGAAGCCAGGGAAAAAGCAGCGAAAGAGAAAGAAGCCAGAGAAAAAGAAGCCAGGGAAAAAGCAGCCAGGGAAAAAGCAGCCAGGGAAAAAGCAGCCAGGGAAAAAGCAGCCAGGGAAAAAGCAGCCAGGGAAAAAGCAGCCAGAGAGAAAGAAGCCAGGGAAAAAGAAGCCAAGGAAAAAGAAGCGAGAGAAAAGGCAGCGAAAGCUAUGAGGGAAAAAGCAGCUAAAGAGAAAGAAGCCAGAGAAAAAGAAGCCAGGGAAAAAGCGGCAAGAGAAAAAGCGGCAAGAGAAAAGGAAGAGAAAGCUACGAAGGAAAAAGCGGCGAGAGAAAAAGGAGCCAGGGAAGAGGAAGCCAGAGAAAAGGCGGCAGAGGAAUGGGAAGAGAAAGUGGCGAGGGAGAAGGAAGCCCAGGAAGCGAGGGAAAGACAGGAACAGGAAGCGAGGGAGAGGAAGAAGCUGGAUGAGGUAAUCGUAGUCGAGAAGGAGGUGAACAAGGACGACAUAGAACAAGAAGACGAGGUGAAGGAAGAGGCUGACAAGAAUUCAAUGCCGUCUCAGGGACCGAUGCCGUCGCAAGGACAGAUGCCGGGACCAGGACCGAUGCUAGGGCAACAAAUUCCACCUCCGCCGGGACCGGAGCCGAUGCCACAGCAAGGACAAAUUCCGUGGGGAGGAGACAUAUGGUGGCAGAGACAGAUGCCAUGGGCAAGCCAGAUGCCGCAGCAGACACAGGUUCCUUGGCAGUGGCAGAUGUCGCAGGAGACACAGGUUCCUUGGCAGAUACAGAUGCCAUUGCAGGGACAGAUGCCAUACCAGAACCCUAUGCCACCACAAAAUCCCAUGGCACCCCAGAAAUCCAUCCCAGAACAGAAUUCCAUUCCAGAACAGAAUCCCAUCCCACACCAGAACCUCAUCCCAUACCAGAAUCCCUCGCCGAUGCCACCACAGACUCCGAUGCCACCGCAGAAUCUGAUGCCACACCAGAAUCCGAUGCCUCACCAAAAUUCGAUGCCUCACCCGAAUCGCAUCCUACACCAGAAUUCCUGGCCGAUGCCACCACAGAAUCCGAUGCCUCACCAAGAAUCGAUGCCACAAGGGCAGAUGCCGUCGCAAGAGCAAAUGCCAGCAGAGCCACACGUAUUCCCGCCGCCGCCCGUGCUAAACAUUGUACCCAAUUUGGUCGAACUCACUGCAGAACAACUAGAGAUCCACGCUCGUCUCUUGGUCCGCACCGGUUUCUUCUGGAUACACUCUGCGCUCUCAGAUGAUAACAACAGCACUGCCAACUUGUCUGAGCACUCGAAGCAGCAAGUCGUCGCCAGGUUCAAGGCGCUCGUCUUGCACCUCAUGAACGACCUGACCGUCUACCCUCCUCAACAACAGAAGCAACAACAACAACAACAACAACAACAACAACAACAACAACAACAACAACAACAACAACAACAACAACAACAACAACAACAACAACAACAACAACAACAACAACAACAACAACAACAACAACAACAACAACAACAACAACAACAACAACAACAACAACAACAACAACAACAACAACAACAACAACAACAACAACAACCGGAGCGAAAGUAGCACUUUCCUCGGGUUUCCAAGGAGGAGGAGGCUCGUCGACCGUGGAGGAGUGAGUCGUUUCCUUCUUACUUUGUGGACAGGGAUUGGAACGUUACUUGGCCAGAUGGAGACAGGCCCCAGACUCGAGAGACGCAAUGGACGCAGCAAGGGGAAGAAGAAGAACGCCUGACUGUACGGUUUUAUCGACCAGUGGCUAAGGAGUAUAACACUAAGCUGGACCGGACGUAAUGAGGGGGGGAUUGGGCGUGGUUUUUUUUUUGUUUGGGAUUUAUAUAGUAUCUGUUUGCAACAACUUCGAAAGCGUAAACACAGCUGAUUCUUUACCAGCGGUUAUGGGUCUGAUCGUGUAGGUUUCGUUGGGAACGUGUCAUCAGGUUAGGUUAGGUUAGGUUAGGUAUUUCAGGUAGUAAGGACAGU